AACCCACGAAAUUCAAGACUCCAAUAAGCACUUUGAGUAGGAUAUUUUGUUCAGGGUAAAACAUUACGGGUCAUUGGUUGUGGAUAGUUUGGAAUCUAAGCGUAAUGAAUACGUUUCGACAUACUUCAUACGGGCAUACGGCCCUUCAUUGUCACGAGAGACGUCACGGGUAAGGAAUUCAGUAUGAGACCUGAAUACGAAAUAAAUGUUGCGGGCGAAUCAAUUACGCAAUCAAGGUAACUUUUUCUUCACUAAAGCUAGAAAAAACCCAUGAUAUUAUUGUUAAUGGCAUAUUUUCUUUUCUUUUUACAGUAUGUGAAUGGGCGGGCAGGAGGCCAAAAUCUUGUUCGUGUCACAGAUGACAAGGUCCAGCGUAGCAUACUUGUAGGUUUCGCUCAGACCUCUCUCUCAUCUCAUUCACAAAUGUCAAAAAUCCUCGAAAAGACUGGCGGGUGUUGGAACGAUGUAGAUUCAGAGAGUAUUGGGCCAGAAAACAAAGUUUCCCUUUAUUAUUUGAAAAGGAAAGGAGAAUUGUUUCGCAACAUUCCAAAACAUAUUUGGAAUGAGGAAGUUAAAAAUGCAGAGAAUUUAAUGUUAGUUGAAAGUGAUAGCACAAAAACUAUGUGCUUUAAUGAAGAAGUCCGUGACGCUACGGAUGACCUUUGUGACAUUUUGUCACAUUGGAACACUUUCCUUUUGGAACAAUACAAUGAUGAGUUACUUGAAAAUGAUCGUUUCGAAAAUAUUAAAGAUCUGCUGAAUAGCAAUGAUCAAACUGUAUGGAAAAGGAUUGAAGAAAAGGCUCGAGAUUUAGGUGGGGUAACAUGAGAUGAAAUACUUGAGAUGGGCUCCUACAAACUAGCUCGAAAUCGUGGGGAAAAGGUUAAAGAAGAUCAUUGCACUCGAACAAUUAGAUACAGCUAGUGAUUACAUGUCACUAACAUGCAAGCGAGGAUUAGAAAAAUGUAUUGACAUUGUUAAUCAUUGAUUUUAUUUUCUGCUAAUGAACAUAUAAAGAUAGAGUUAAAGAUCAAAGUCUUCAAGUCCAUACUGUGCUAUUAGUCUUUCAGCAUAUUCCCGAUCGCAACGUUUAAAAAGUGCUUUACAUAUAAGAUAAUCUUCAUUUUCAUCCUCAGAAGUAUCACCUU